GGCUUCGCCGCGGGGUGUCGGGCAUGGAAAUGGCGCGAGCCCGGCGCGAAGCGGCGGCGCCCGCCGGGACGGCGGGGCAUGGGACCCGGGGGCGACGGCAGGGCCGGCUGCAGCAGCAGCUGGGGAAGCGACGCUCGGCGCCGCGGCCGGGGCCGCGCAGCGAAGAGAAGAAGAAAGUGGAUUGCAAACCCAAGAACCAGGACGAACAGGAAAUCCCUUUCCGGCUCCGGGAGAUUAUGAGGAUCCGCCAGGAGAUGAAAAACCCCAUCAGUAACAAGAAGAGGAAGAAAGAGGCCCAGGUGGCCUUUAGGAAGACGUUGGAGAAGGAAGCAAAGGGAGAGGAGCCGGACAUCGCCGUCCCGAAGUUCACGCAGAGGAAGUGGGAGUCCGACGGCGCCUACGUGCGGCGCAUGGAGCAGGAGGCCCAGCACGUGCUGUUCCUCAGCAAGAACCAGGCCAGCCGGCAGCCCGAGGCGCGGGCGGCUCCCCGGAAGGAGAAGUCAGAGCGGAAGAAGGCGUUCCAGAAGCGGCGGCUGGAGAAGGCCCGGCAGAGGAGGGAGGAAAAGGCCGCAGAGAGGCUGGAGCAGGAGCUUCUCCAAGAUAUGGUGAAGUUUGGUGAGGUCGUGCUGCAGCCCCCAGAGCUGACUGCCAAACCCAGGAUGAGCAUGAGCAGGGGCCAGCUGUGCCUCCACCUCCCUGGCUCUGCUUCUCAGCCUGGCGGGAGAGUGCUGAUGCUGGAGAAGUCCCUGAGCCCUGGCACCGCGUCCCAGCCCCAGAGCACCUCGCCAGCCCGGCAGCGGAUCGUCGUGCAGGAGCGAGAGCGGGCCGUGCAGGCCUACAGGGCGCUAAAGCGGCUGCAGCGGCAGCAGCAGGGGCCUCAGCCAUCGGGGUCGCCCUGGCCCGCUUCCAGGAAGACGCCAGAGGCACGCCUGCGGUGGUGAGGGGCCAGAGCUGCUGCCCCUGGGUAGGGCGAGACGGGCAGGUGCCUGUGGUCGAGUGUCCGUUCCCUGGAACACAUCCUGGCCCUCAAGCUGGGGAGAGGGCUCCUGUUUUUUUCUCCGUAAAGAUUCCUAUUUCGUGAGUGGCCAUCUGUCAGGCCCAUGUCUCACAUCGGGUGUUGUCUGUCCCCUGAGCCCCUGUAGGUGGGGACGGUGCCGAGGCGGGAUGUAGCCAGCAUCGUUCCCCUGAGCCUAGCGUCGCUCACAGCUUUGUUCUGAACACACAGGUCCAGGCUGAGACAACCCAGGGCCGCUUUAGGGAGCGCUAGUCCCACAGUCCUGUCCCUUAAACGCCAGUUAGCUGUAGGCACUGCUGACGCAGGCUGACUAAAUCAGCAGCUGAGGCUCUGCUGGACUUGGCAGAGCAGCUGGCCUAGGGCCGGGCCGGGCCAGGCAGGCAGCGUGCACGCACGGGGCUGGGGCAGCACCUGCCCCGCCUCCACCUGCUCACAGGCGCUGCCGUCACAGCCCCUGCGGAGGCAGCUGGAGCCACACCAGCUUCUGUUCCGUGUGGAGACUGACGCCAGCCACACCGAGGUCUGGGGAGGGUGGCGGGCCCGUCCGCGAGGACGGGAACCCGGCCUGGGACUCCCUGUGGUUGGAGGGCCACGUGAGGCCCUGCCAAGGGCAAGGCCUGCUGAGGUGUGCUUCUCCCCCUGAUGCCAGAGGAGGGCGCGCCUGGGCUCAUCAUCCUGCCCAGAUGUGGGUGCCGGCAAGAGAGCAGAGGUGAGGCUUUCAGGCAGUCCAGCAUCGAGGGAUGGAGUUGGGCUGUGCUUAACCCCGCUGGAGAAGAACAGCCCCCGGGCUCCCUCCCCGCUCGCAACAGCUCGGGCUCCUCCGGCUGGCAGAGGGGCGCAGACAGCUGGGUCAGGGCCAGGCCACGGUGCUGGCCGGGGCAGCCCUGCGUGAUGAGUGUGGAGCUCUGUGGGCUCUUACCCUUCCCCGAGUUUGCGUUCUAUGCAGUGGAGUUUAUUUUCUAAUUCAAAGAUUUAAUUGUGAAGCGGUGCCUAGAAUCAGGACCGUCGCCCUCUCAGGGGUGUAUUUCCUGGUGGCAGGUGGUCCUGGCCCCUGCCUGGGGUGGCCAGGCGCUGGCUACCAUGCAGUGCCCAGGACUCGCCCCCGUCACGUGGCAGCUGGGGUGGGCAGCACGCCUCUUGCUUGGUGCUGGCAUCCUUUUUAGGGCUCCAAGGUGGGCAGGGCAGCCAGAGCAAGGGGUGAGGGGGGUCGCUGAGAAACGCCUCUGCUUCCUGGACGCGUUGCAGGUGUGCUGUGGUUGUGGGGGUGAGGAAGCAGGUUUUGGUGAGGGAAGUUUGCCUCUGAUUACGUGAAAUAGGGGAAUUAUGUCACCUCAGGCCCCUGCGAGAGUGUCCCUAAAACUGGCCAGCUCAGCCCAGGCUGGCUUUUCCAUUGGAGACGUCACCAGGCCAGGGUCACCCUUCAGAGCUGGACCCCAGGCUGGAUGUCACCGCUCAGAAAUGGAGCCCAGACUAGGGUUACUCCGAGACAGAGCCCAGGUGGGAUCAACCAUUCACGACGCCCAGCCCAGAUUAACGGUGUUGACCUUAAAAAUUAAAUGAGCUCUUCAGCGAAAAUGAGUCUGUUUGGAAUGAGAGAAAUUGCAGUUUGGAACAAGCAAACUGGCAAGUUGAAGACAAAGGGAGGGUCAGCCUUUAUUAGGUUUUUGGAGGAAGUUGGAGGGCUGUGGCGGUUUUCCAUCAGCUACAGUCAGCGGGCAGCUUGUUGCUGGCUUGAAGGAAAUCUUUUUUGCUGCUGGGUCUGUGAGCUGUGGCGAGGGGUGCCAGAGCCCUCCCUUCGAGGCUUCCCGACCCCAUUCUGAUUUAACUUUCCUUUGUUCAUUUCCACAUUGCUCCCCUUGGAUCAAGAUAUUUCUUGGAGAGCAUCCCUGAUCAGUUUUAGUAGAAUUGAGUUUCGUCCCUCAGCGCCAGCCAGGAAGGACCUUUCCUGGAUGGCAUGUCCCACGUCAGAGGGAAGCGCAUGGUGAUUGGAAGCCACAUGAAGCCACGUUUGAGUAACAAGGAAGGCAGAAAGGGGGCUUUCAGCAACUUUCACUCUGAAAGUCCUGCCUUGUGAAGGUCCAGGCAUCAGCAGCCAUCUGAGGGCAUCGAGCCGGCACUCUCUUCAGCGUGUCCUUUCUGCAGGGGGUUGAGAAGCAACAGGUACAAAUUUUAAAAUAACUGGGCAAAGCAGAAUGAAAAGUAAUAGGACACCCAAUUUGUGUGAUGGUUCCAAACCGUGGCGCUGGACCUGAAGGUAGCCAGCUGGACGAAUCACGGGACCAGGGAGAGUCAUCUUGUGUAACUGGGUUUCUGCUUCUCCAAAGGUGUUUGUCCGGGUGGUGUUUGCGAUCGCGCAAAUGCCCCCUUGUUCGGCAGGCAGGAAGUCGGGCUGCGUGGGUGUCUGAAACUGCGUCAGCCAGUGAGUCGGUGCAGGUUGUUGGCUGCAGAGCCAGCCGGCUCCCUGACGCUAGGGGGAGAUUUCUGAUGUGCUCAUUGGCGCUUACUCUGACCCAAGCGGGAAAGGCCAGCUGGGUUUUGAUGAGAACUGGCCAAACGACAUAGACUUGAAACACUUGACCGAUACAGUGCGUUUCCUGACAGCUCUGAAGCUCAGGGAGUGUUCCUUUCCCGUGGGAUCUUAGCCACGGAGGCGGCAGUGGCCUGUCUCUGGAAAAGCUUCAGAUGGAAAAGCGUUCAGUGAGAAAACACGCCAACCAUUGCCAAGACAUGCUUAUACCCACGGGAUGGUGGGCAGCUCUGUGAAACCCACUUGCCAAACCUCAAAUGGCCCACCGGGCAAUUUGGAGUGCCUGGGAGGGAGCAGUGUGGACUGUUUUUCUGGAUUGUAUUUUGGAAACAUGACACCAACCCUGGAUCCAACAAUGCUGCAUAAUGUUUAUCUGAUGUCAUCUGCUGAGAAUCCAUUACUUGGGAAAGCAGCACGGACGUCUGCACACUGGUGCUGAAAUUCACAGCAGCAGCGUGUCCACCUGCCCCUCAUGUCCCCCGCAGUCUGGGCAGGAGGGCGUGGCCUGUUCGCCCUGUGGGAAGGGCACCGAGCAUCGCCGAUCCAGGCUCUUUGUCCGUGGCUUGCCGAGCUUGGUUGGAGAUCCAGCUGCUGGCAUCGUCUCUGUGCCCCGAGGCAGGGCCGUUGUAUAGUAGUGGGGCUGAGCCCCGAGAGUGGCAUCAGGACCUACAGAGACGGAGAGAAAUUCAUCCCCAGUCUGGAGGGUUGUUUCUCAGCGCCAAUGAAGAGGGGAGCUUGGAAAAGCUCCUCAUUCCUUGGAGUCCCGGCCCUGGGAGGUGGGAGGACAUUGGGUGACUGAAGGUGCCUGCAGCGUCCUGGGUUCUAGCAGUCUUUCUCCCAGUGUGCUGGCCUCGUACAGCAGUGACAGGCUGGGAGAACUGCUGAGGGGACUCUGGGGAAGCUGGGUAUUUUCUUGGAAUCAUCUGGAGUGCAGGCUAAUUGGUGUGCCAGAAUAGCUAAGUCUGGAGUGCGCCUAGUUUUCCGUUCUGUUCUGAUCCUUGUUAAUGAACGUGGAGUUGAAGGCUGCCCCGGUGGGUUCCACAUCCACUGGGAGACCAGAAUUCUGAAAAACAGUCGAGUUGGCCUGUGAUAUUGUGAUGUAUAGUAGGUAUAUAUUUGGUUUUCAUCCCCAUUUCUGGCCUAGAGCUCCUAAAACCCCUGGAAUUUUCUGUGAUGGGAGCAACAAAGGUGUCUCUUGCUGGGUGAAUGGGUUGCUUUUGGACUCCACCUAAGGAUGGGGGCUGGCUGCCAGGAGGACCAACCAGGUGAUUAGAGGGUCUGAACUUUCCAGUCCCAGCUUCUCCCCACCACCCAGCCUCCAGGGAGGGGAGAGGGCCUGGAGGUCGGAUUAGUGGUUUACUCAAUCGUAAGACCCUAAAGGACAGGGUUUGGAGAGCUCCGGGUUGGCGGACAUGGAGGUCUGGGGAGAGGAGUGCACUGGAGAGGGCCUGGGGCUCUGCCCUGUUGCUGUGUGUUGCCCUGUGUAUCCUUCCACCUGGCUGAGUCGUGCUCUGUAAUAAACCAGGGAUCUAGUAAGGAA